AUGCUGACCGCUACUCAGCCCAAAACCAAUAUACUCCACGGGCCUCGAUCGAUAUCGUUUGAUGCCCUUUCUAUCUGUUUGGAGCAACGGCGUUCAACACAUGCCUCGUCUGCAAGUGUAUCGCUGAAGCAGAGGCUCCCUCCAAACUCCUGGGAUAGUCACAUGCAUGUUGUGGAACCUGAGCGGUUUCCUGUCUCUCCAACGGCGGUAUAUAAACCUACCGCACAUACGUUACCCGAAGCUCUUGCCUUUGAGUCCGGACUGGGUGUUGAGAACCUCGUGUUUGUGCAACCGUCAGUUUAUGGCACAGACAAUUCAUGUUUAUUAGAUGCCUUAAAAAGACUUGGGCCGUCGCGCGGCCGAGGGGUUGUCGUGGUUGACCCUGCCACCGUUAAACCGGAGACUUUGAACGAAUGGCAUACCCUUGGAGUCCGUGGACUGAGAGUCAACCUUCAGUCUGUAGGGAAAGUGAUGGAUAAGACCGAGCUGGAAGAGACCUUACUCCAGCAUGCUGAGCUUGCCCGGCCUCGCAACUGGAUCAUCGAGAUAUAUCUUCCCCUCAAUAUGGUCUCGAUGGUCAAGUCGAUCCUCCCACGACUAGGCGUGCGCAUCUGCAUCGACCAUUUUGGCAGCCCCAAGCUCGCGUCGUGGGACCGUGAUGGUCCGGCUUUCAAUCCCUACAACCUUCAAGGGUUCUCGUCCUUGAUCUCUCUGCUUCGCGCUGGGAGAACAUAUGUCAAGGUGUCUGCGCCGUAUCGCCUCAGCAAAGACAACCAGAUGCGUGACCUUCUGGCUAUGGCACGCGAGUUCUUGUCUGUUGCACCUGAUCGGGUCAUCUAUGCCACUGAUUGGCCCCACACUCGAUUCUCCCGUGUCGAUAUCAGUCCAUUCACUGAAUGUUGCUUGGAAUUAUGCGCGACCAAGCCGGGGCUAGCGGAGCGUCUGUUUCGCAGGAACACCGAGGAGAUGCUAGGGGUAGCCUCCGAUUGA